AAAGAUACAAGUAGAUAUGUUUGUUGAUCAUAACGUCCAGUUAUGCCGGCGAUUAGGCGACGAAGAGUGUGAAGUAUGCAUGGGCAUCGUCAGUCAUGAUGACGAAGCCUUUCACCUUCAUCCGGUGAACCAGAAAAGGAAUCAACCCGAAAACGGUCCCAUAACACUUGGCCAUGUUCUCUCUCGUGACUUUCAAGACCCUUUUUCGCGGCGCCAACGCUACCAGAUUGCUCUCCUUGUUGCUUCAUCGGUAGCACAACUUCAGUCUACGCCCUGGCUGCGGACAGGCCUUUGCAAAGAAGAUGUCAUCUUCUUUCCUUCUGAAGAGAGGAACGAAUUGCUUCCACACCCACCAAACGCUGACGCCGCCACUAAACAUGCCUUUGACGUCAUGGCCGGUUUGAAGUGGUCACGCAGCGUGAGCGACGAAAGUGGAGAAGAUUAUGCGACAGCUGUCAAGUGGUGCUUUACGGGCGUAACAGACAAAGAAAAGAACUGGAGGGGUGAAAUUGUCAGGAAUGUGAUACAGCCGUUAGAGAAAUGUAUGGAGCACUUCAACAAUGUCACUGUAGCUGUAUGAAAGGCAGAGCGAUGAACAUGUGUACAUGGUGUUACUCUUGAAUCUUGCAAUUAUUAGAACCAUCAUGUUAAAAAUGUACGCUUGAGAAAAUUAUGUUAUAUGAAAUUACAAGUUAUGCUAUG